CAUCGUGCAUUUUGAAACCAUGGAUCGACGGUCCUCUUCCAUGCCCCUCGUCAGAUCACAGCUCUGCAGAAGACAAUCACCUGACAGUUUUUAAAAGAAGAGCCCGAGCCCGAGGACUGGAUGUGCAGCACCUCGAUCCGCGUGUACUUGUGCGAAGGAAGCCCAGACUAAGGGAGUCCAGGACGGGAUAGGUGCAGAGAACACACACAGACAACAUGGCCUCGGUGUGGAAGAGACUGCAGCGUGUGGGGAAGCACGCCUCCAAGUUCCAGUUCGUGGCGUCCUAUCAGGAGCUGAUGGUGGAAUGCACCAAGAAGUGGCAACCAGACAAACUGGUGGUGGUGUGGACGCGCAGGAGUCGGCGGAAAUCCUCCAAGGCUCAUGGCUGGCAGCCUGGUAUCAAGAACCCCUACAGAGGAGUGGUGGUGUGGCCCGUUCCAGAAAACAUUGAGAUCACGGUCACUCUCUUUAAGGACCCACAUGCAGAGGAGUUUGAAGACAAAGAGUGGACGUUCGUCAUUGAAAACGAGUCUCCUUCGGGCCGGAGGAAGGCCUUGGCCACCAGCAGUAUAAACAUGAAGCAGUACGCCAGCCCCAUGCCCACGCAGACCGACGUCAAGCUCAAGUUCAAGCCCCUGUCCAAGAAGGUGGUGUCGGCCACGCUGCAGUUCUCCCUCUCCUGCAUCUUCCUCCGUGAGGGCAAGGCCACCGAUGAGGACAUGCAGAGCCUGGCGAGUCUGAUGAGCAUGAAACAGGCGGAUAUCGGCAACUUGGACGACUUCGAGGAGGAGAACGAGGAGGACGAGGAGAACAGGGUGAACCAGGAGGAGAAGGCCGCAAAGAUCACAGAGAUAGUAAACCAGCUGAAUGCCCUCAGCUGCUUUCAUGAUGAUGAUGAUGAUGAAGGUGGUGGUGGUGUCCUUAAGCGAGCUCUCAAAGAAACCGCUAAGCCUGCCGCUUCCUCCCAAGAGCUGAUCAGCAAGCUGAACUUCCUGGAAGACGAGGAUCAGGAAGCGCCGCCCGCCAUGAGCACCAAUCCCUUCGACGAGCCCGACGACGACCUUCAUCCCAACCACCUCAACCCGUUUGGAGAUCCCGAUGACGACGAACCUCCAUCCCAGCCGGUGCUGCAGGAGCGAGUCGUCCACGACGAGUCCUUCUACGACCACGACUCCUCCAAUCCGUUCGACGAGCCUGAUGAACAGGAGGAGCACACGUCGCCGGGGAACCCCUUCGAGGAGCCGGACCAGGACGCCGACCUCCAGCCUGACCCAGACCCAGAACCCCCAAAGCCCCGGCAGAGGAAAGGCGUGCGGCCUGUCGACAUGAGCAAGUACCUGUACGCCGACACGUCUCGCAACGAGGAGGAGGAGCUGGACGAGUCCAACCCGUUCUACGAGCCAAGGUCACCGAGCCCUGCGCGGGCCCCCGCAGGCGGACCCGUCCUCGAUGCGGUCAGCGGCCAGAAGAGGAGGGCUCCCCCGCCCCCAGGCCCCGGCCCCGGCCCCGGACUUGGCCCGAGUACACCAGCUCCCAGUCCGAGCGCUGGUCCAGACGGAGGGAGAACCCAGCCUGUCGGGCCCAGCCCGGUGGCGGCGGUGAUGGGGAGAGAGCUGGCCUCCUCCUCCUCCCCCAAGCCGAGCCCCAUCCCGAGUCCCAUCCUGGGGGGGAAGCCCAACGCCAGCCAGUCGUUACUGGCCUGGUGCCGCGAGGUCACCAAGAACUACCGCGGGGUGAAGAUCACCAACUUCACCACGUCCUGGAGGAACGGGCUGGCCUUCUGCGCCCUGCUGCACCACUUCAGACCCGACGCCAUAGACUACAAGUCGCUCAAUCCUCAGGAUAUUAAAGAAAACAACAAGAAGGCGUACGAUGUCUUUGCGAGUCUGGGCAUCUCCCGGCUCCUGGAGCCGUCCGACAUGGUGCUGCUGGCCAUCCCCGACAAGCUGACGGUGAUGACCUACCUGUACCAGAUCCGCGCCCACUUCUCCGGUGAGGAGCUCAACGUGGUGCAGAUCGAGGCCAACAGCAACCGCAGCACAUACAAAGUGGGCGACUUUGAAACCGACACCAACGCCUCCAUAGGCCAGGACAAGUUCUACGCUGAGAUCAACGAUGUGCAGCACCGCCAGGCCACCGGUGAGCCGGCCGGAGACGGAGAGUCUAACGGCACUAAAGCCGCAGAGGAAGAGGCCACGGAAACGGCGAGUCGGAAGGCGGACGCGGGAGCUGUUUCGUCCAGCUUGCCAACAGCAGGGCACUCGCUGUCCUCAGCUCCGGUCCCGUCACCGCGCACAGUACUAGCGGUCUCGGCCACGGACUCGACCCGCAUGGCGCCGCCCGGCUCCGAGGACAGAGGGCAGCUGCUCAAAGCGAACACAUUAGACAUCAGCGAGUUACCACAGCGAGUGGAGCGAGAGAUGGAGAAAGAGAGACAGCAGAAGGAGGCGGGAGAGGACAGGAAAGAGGGAAACGCAGAACCGCCGUCCCCCACCAGGAGAGGGGCCACGUCCUCCCCCUUGUCCUCGCCACCGCACCAGAAACUGGGCUUUUCCUACAACAGGGACGCCGACCUCAUGAAGAAGAAAAGGGCCGGUCUGCGUCACUCGGAGUCCGAGCCCACCUGGGACAGCAGCUCCGCCCCUGUCAAUCACACAGCAGACACGCCUCCCAAACAGGAGCCAACACCUGCCCCAGCAUGGAGUCCCCCGGCUGAGAAGAAGGUUCUGUCCCGUCAGGAGGAGCUGAAGGAGCGAGCCCGGCUCCUCCUGGAACAGGCCCGCAGAGACGCCGCCAUCAAGGCCGGCAACAAGAACGUUCCCAACGCGGCCGCGACGGCGUUGACCAGGACCACCAACGUCUGCGAUGAGCGCGAUGCAGAGCGGCGGAGACAGCUGAGAGAGCGAGCCAGGCAGCUGAUCGCCGAGGCCCGAUCCGGAGUCAAGAUGUCCGACAUGAGCCUGGACGCGUCCAGCACCGACCGAGGGAAGGGCGGCAAGGGGAGUCCUGCUGGAGAUGUUUUGGACGGAGUGAGAGGUCAUCAUGAGGAUGAUGGUGAAAGGGGUGAGGAUGAGGAAGAGGGGAGGGCUGAGGAGGAGGAGGAGAGGCUCCACUAUGAUGGUGGUGGUGAUGAUGAUGAUGAUGAUGAUGAUGAUGCUGCUGCUGCUGCUGCCACAUCUGCGUUUGCACUGGUUACUAACCCUCUGCCACUGGAGGCCCCACGUCCAGCCUCCUCCUGCCCCCAGGGGCCCCCGGAGCUUACUAACCCCGGCUCUGAGCCGACCUCUCUGGGCGCCAACAGCCGACACGUGGACCUGAAGCUGAGGAAGCUGGUGGACGUCAGCUCCCGAGGAGUCACCUCCCCUUCGUCACCAUCCUCCACCUCCUCCUCCUCAUCCUCACCCACAGCCUCCUCCUCAUCCCCACUCAGCCCUGCAGAAGGACUGCAGAACAACGCUGAGGAGCUGCGAGCAGAGCGGCUGCGAGCAGAGCGGCUGCGCAGAGCGACGGAGAGGCUGCGCAGCCCGGUCGUCUUCAACAAGGACUCGGCCGUCCGCAAAACUCAGCUGAAGUCCUUCAGCCAGUACGUGGAGAACCGACCGGAGGUGAAGAGACAGAAGUCUGUUCCUGAGGAUCUGAAGAAGCCCGAGGACGACCGAGGUUCACCCACAGACGUGGAUGUUCGCAGACCAUUGGAAGAGGAGAAGGCGUUCAAAGACACCAGUCAGUAUGUGGUUGGGGAGCUGUCUGCACUGGAGAGCGAGCAGAGGCACAUCGACGCCCGAGCAGCUCGCGUGGAGAAGAGGCUGCGCUAUCUCAUGGACACAGGAAACAACAAGGAGGAGGAGGAAGCCAUGAUGCAGGAGUGGUUCAUGUUGGUCAACAAGAAGAACGCCCUGAUCCGGAGGCAGAACCAGCUCUCGCUGCUGGAGAAAGAGCACGAUCUGGAGAGACGCUUCGAACUGCUCAACAGAGAACUGAGGGCCAUGCUGGCCAUCGAGGACUGGCAGAAGACCGAGGCCCAGAAGAGACGUGAGCAGCUGCUGCUGGACGAGCUGGUCAUACUGGUCAACAAACGGGACGCGCUGGUCCGAGACCUGGACGCUCAGGAGAAGCAGGCCGAGGAGGAGGACGAGCACCUUGAGAGGACGCUGGAGCAGAACAAAGGCAAGAUGACCAAGAAAGAGGAGAAGUGUGUCCUUCAGUGAUCGUCAGCUCCGACGAAACACAAACCAACAGAUGUAGCCGAUAACAGAAAUGUAUCAUCAUGAUUAUUGUUAUUAAUAUGAAUAUUAUUACUAUUAUUUCAUAGCAGCUGUUUAGUCAGUUAUUUGAGUCCAGAGACUCGGGGCCUGCGACGCCUCUGCAGCAACUUUAUACCGACCGACUCAAACUGUCCCACGUGUCCAACAACAUGUUUUUAUUUUCUUUCUCCUUUUGCUUUUGACCAGGAACGGUACUUUUUGAUGUAAUAUAUGAAUAAUGUACGAGACGAGAGCGGGUGCCGUGUGGAAAGGUACGGCACAAAGUUAAACGAGGGGGAUUUUUAUUUGUAUCUUUUAUUUUUCAUGUUGAGGAGAGGGGUCGACUUUCAGUGUGGUUUUUAAAAAAGGAGGAAAAAAAGAGUCGUUAUAAGAUUAUUAUUUUUUUCAAGCUACUUCAUUACUUGACUGUAUCUUUUUAAUUUGUUCUUCUUAAAAGUUUUUACCUGUAAAAUAUCUUAAUAAUGGAGGGGGGGGGGGGCACGUUACCGUUCAUGAACCUUAAACUUUCCUAUCGCUUUUUUUAUCAUCUUGGCUUUUCAAAGCAGUUUUACCAAAAGAAAGAUUAUGUUUAAAAAAGAAAACAAUAAAAAGUCCUGUUGUAUAUUUCCCUCCGACCAACAGCUUCCACAACUCCUCCUUUCAUCAUGCAGUUCAAAAAACGAAUACAUAUAUAUACAUAUUCAUAUAUAUAUUAUUUAUUGUCCUAUAAGCUGCUUGUUAACUGCGUCACGCUUCAUGUGCGUUUUGCUGCACAAACCUUUUGGUUUUUUUCUAUUUAUUGUUUCCUGACGAAUAGAAAUGUGCCUCCACGUGCGCGUGCUCGUCGAGCUGCGCGUCCCGGGGCAGGUGUGUGUGAACAUUGAUCUGUUUUAUUUAUUCAGUGUCAUAACUCAAGUCUCCAAUAAUAAAGUCCUCAUGAUUUCAUAUUCCA